UCCACAAUGGAAGCUACUUUUGGAUUAUUUCUGAUCUUGGCCUUGGCUGCCACCACAAUGGGGCAGAUGCCCCCUAUGCCUAUGCAGCCGCCACAUCCCAUGCCAAUGCAGCCACCGCCACCUUAUAACAUGUAUGGGCCUGUAAGCCCAUAUGCUGCAAGUAGCAACAAUCCCAUGAUGUACCCACCGAUGCCACAUCCUCCCCAACAGAUGGUACCCCCACCACCAGGACCCUACCCAGCUGGGACUUCGGUAUCUUUCAGCACGUCUCCAAUGCUUCCCAUGAUGGCAGCUGCAGCUAUGCCUUAUCCAGCGUACGGUAUGCCUCCACAGAUGAUGAUGCCGCCUCCUUACCAAACCUAUUCUGGAGCUGGACCUAACGGAGAUCCUUUCACCUCAACAGCUGGAAUAUGCAAAUAUUCCAGCAAUCAGUAUCAGUCGCCCAUUGCUCCUCUUUUCAACGGAUUUUUUCAAAAAGCUAGCAUGGGAAUGAUCUGUAGUACCCAAUCCCUUUGACAAAACUGCUUAGAUCUGGAAUGUUCAAUGCUAAGGCACUCACUCAAUUCUUUGGAUUAAAAAAGAGGCGGUAAAAGGGACUUCAAUAUCUUUCAGCACAUUUCAUCUCUCCCACCCACAGGCUGGGCCUGUGAUCAUGCCACAUCAUUUUAUUUCCAUGCAAAACAAUUUUUGUUUGAUUUAAACAUGAUUUACUGCAUGCAUCAACUAAUUUCAUGUUCUAUAAUAACGAAAUAUGCUCAAACUAUGUGAAAACUGCAUUUAUUUUGUAUAAAAUAAGCAGUUGUAUAUGUAGUCUAGUCUACAGAAAAUAAAUUUUAUUUUGUGUUUCAUUA